CCCCGCCCACGCUGGGUGGGACUUACAGGGCCGGUUUGCUGCGCGGCUGCGGGAUGCCCCUGCGUUGACUGGCCCGGCCCGCGCCUGUCCGCGCUAAUGCGGCCGACCCCGCACCACCAUGUAAGCUGCACCUGCAGGUGGACGCUGGCUUCUCCGCCCGGGACCCCUGCGUCCUGCCUCGGGCCCCGGGCCCCUCGGUGACCUCAGCUUCAGAGGUAGAAUCCAGAGCCAGGGCAGCCUGGGCAGCACGGGGAUUUCCAAGCCAGCCUGGCCUACAUGAGCUUCUUUCUCAAAGCCAAGCAUGCAGACCAGCUUGAUGCAUGCUUGCACAAAUCACCGUGUGAGAAGAUGUGUACAAACAUGCUUGCUUGAGUGGAUGAAUGCGUGCAUAAAGGACACACCAUGCUGACCGGGGUGACAGAUGGCUUUUUCUGCUGCCUGCUGGGGACUCCCCCUAACACUGUCCGGCCGCUGGAGAGCGUCGAGUCCAGUGACGGCUACACAUUCGUAGAGGUCAAGCCAGGCCGGGUGCUGCGGGUAAAGCAUGCGGGCCCCGCGCCUGUCCCCACGCCGCCACCACCUCCACCUGAAGACGAUCCAGGGGUCAAGACAGGCCUUGUGCGCUGCCAGCGUCGUAUCACAGUGUACCGCAACGGGAGGCUGCUGGUGGAGAACCUGGGCCGAGCGCCUCGUGCCGACCUGCAGGGCUGCAGUGGCUCCGGGGACCCGCCUGCCGCACUCGAGGUAGAGCUGGCUGAGCCCGCAGGAGGCGACACCCGGGCCACCCCGGGCAGCGGGCGGCGGCGCCGCCCACGGCGUCCGAAGAGGACCAUCCACAUCGACUGUGAGCAGCGCAUCACCAGCUGCAAGGGCGCGCAGGCCGAUGUGGUGCUGUUCUUCAUCCACGGGGUCGGUGGCUCACUCGCCAUCUGGAAGGAGCAGCUAGACUUUUUUGUGCGACUGGGCUAUGAGGUGGUGGCACCCGACCUGGCCGGCCACGGAGCCAGCUCUGCGCCGCAGGUGGCAGCUGCCUACACCUUUUACGCAUUGGCAGAGGACAUGCGCGCCAUCUUCACACGCUAUGCCAAGAAGCGCAACGUGCUCAUCGGCCAUUCUUACGGCGUCUCCUUCUGUACGCUCCUGGCGCACGAGUACCCAGAUCUUGUACACAAAGUGAUCAUGAUCAACGGCGGGGGCCCCACGGCACUGGAGCCCAGCCUCUGCUCCAUCUUCAACAUGCCCACGUGUGUCCUGCACUGCCUGUCGCCUUGCCUGGCCUGGAGUUUCCUUAAGGCCGGCUUUGCCCGCCAAGGGGCCAAAGAAAAGCAGCUGCUGAAGGAGGGCAACGCCUUCAACGUGUCCUCCUUCGUGCUGCGCGCCAUGAUGAGUGGCCAGUACUGGCCUGAGGGCGAUGAGGUCUACCAUGCGGAGCUGACGGUUCCUGUGCUGCUGGUGCACGGCAUGCACGACAAAUUUGUGCCAGUGGAAGAGGACCAACGCAUGGCUGAGAUCCUGCUGUUGGCCUUUCUCAAACUCAUCGAGGAAGGCAGCCACAUGGUGAUGCUGGAGUGUCCUGAGACGGUCAACACGCUGUUACACGAGUUCCUGCUGUGGGAGCCAGAACCAGAGGCCCAGCCAAAGCUCGAGCCAAAGCCCAAGCCGCAGCAGCUGCAGUCAGAACCGGCUCCAGGGGAGGAGAAGUGACCGGGCAGCCGCCGGGACUCCUGGAUCUUGAGUAGUAGAGGCUCCCUUAGACUGGGCAUGGGCUGGCUGGGCGGGGCCUCAUGCCGAUGGGCGGGGCCUGGGCGUGCCCCAGAGCGAACCGGGCACAGCCAGUGUUGGAGACUCAGAGCCCAGGGCAGCAACCGUGCCCUUUCCACGCGUGACCGAAGGGUGUGACCUUGUACAGAGCUCCCUCCCUGCCCCCCUCCCCAGUCCCUGAAGCUGCAGCGUGCGGGCUGCCACCCACUAGGUUCCCCUCUGCUGUCCUCACCCGGGAGCCCCAAGGGGAACCCUGGGGAGGGGCUCCCACCCUGUCCUGGGAGACCUUACCACGCCAUCCCCAUUGCUUGGGACUGGGAGCUAGGCACCCAAGGAGGGAGCCACAAAUCCCCGCACAUGGCAACUUGUAACUCAAUAAAAAAAAAAAUGAC